AUGGAGAGCGAAAUCGCGCCGGCUCCUGCCGCCUUCAGUGGAGAAGACCUGGGUACGCGGGAGCUGCUGCCCGCGCGAGGGCGUUUGGGGAGUUCCGGCGACGAGUCUGUGCCUGCGUGUAUACCAGGCGAGGAGAGUUCGAUGGAGUCCGAGAUGGCGGCCUCGCAGCCGUCUCCGGCUCUGGAGCCAUUCGUGUCCACUUCGCCCAGCGCAUGCGUCGACCCAGUGCAGAGUUCCGGGGUCGCGAACGCAGGUGCAUGCGAAGAAGAAGGAGCAAUGGAGGAAGCUGACGAAGUCGGUGAGUCGCCUGUGGCUUUCGGGAACUUGGAAGAAGGAAUGCGAGAAGUGGAGCACGUAGCCAGUGAGUCGCUCGGCACCGCGGAUGUCGUGGCAGAGACCGCGCGCUCGUCUGUCUUCCUCUCCACGCAGCCGAGGACUGAAGAGACAACUGAUACGGCCGAGAAGAAAACCGAAACGCCGCAGCAACUCAGUGGAUCUCCAGGAGGCUCUUUGCCGGAGUCCUCUGCGUUCGUUCCAGGCAUCCAAGAAAUUUUUCAGCCACCUGCUGCAGAGCGACCUCAGGAGCAGCGCCGCGAAGCAGAGGCGGCUCAGCCCUGCACCGCGAGCACCGCAAUGAGUGCGGCGAGCGCGUUCGGCGAGGCAGUCGGAUGUCCAGAGGUGUGCAGCGCGUCUCUCGGGUGUCCAGACACCCCAGCCUGUGGCGCAGCGCCAGUGGAGACGAGUGGGGAUGGGAAGGAGCGCCCUUCGGAGGAUGCCGGGGGGGUCAGUGCGUCGCUUCCAGGGGACGCCGUCUCGGCGGAGAGUACGGCAGGCGACAGCGAGAGGAGGCGCGAAGAUGUGCGGACACAAGAAGUCAAGACUUCUGCGUCGAACACUCUGCUGGACGCAGAGGCCGUCGACGCCGAAGUCGCCGCGAGAGCCGCAGAGGCUGUGGACAUCGCCGUGGCGGUUGGUGCCGUGGAUUUGAGGAGCGGCGGGCGUUCCUCGGCGGUCGCUGCGGUGAACUCUAUUUUCGCUGGCUCUGCUGCAGGUGUCGUUCUAGGGUCCCAGCAGGCACAGAACGGGCUCCAGAAGAGCCUCGCGCUGUCUCCGGCAGGGGCGGCGCUGAAGGAGAAGAGUGGCGGCGCGCGAAAGAAGGCGGGUGUCUGUACACCGAACGACGUGUGGAAGGACCGGCUGAAGUUGUUGGAGGGGUUUCUCGACGUCGAGAGCAUUUUGCUGCUCAAGCAGUGUGCGCGCGUCUUCUACAGACACAAAUACAAGCCUCACGACGGUGUUUUGCGUUUCCAUAACUUCCGCGGUUUCGACCCAAAGGUCGUGAUGGAGACGAUUCUCCCACUGGCGACGCGGUCGAUCCACCCCGCGAUCCGCGAGCGCGGACUCACCCUGGACUUCAGCCACUGCACGCUGAUAAAGGACGCGAGUGUGGCGCGGCUCAUGGACGCGGUUCACGGCGAGAAGGAGGAGAAUCAGAUUCUGGGGAACCUCAAGGCGCUUUGUCUGGACUUCUGUUCAGAAAUCACCGACAAGGGUCUCUCCGCCAUGCUCACCACGUACCUCCCGCAUCUCGAACAUGUCUCUGUGCGCUGCGCGCGCAGCACUGAGUUGACGUUUGUGAGUGUGAUGAAGCAUCUGAGUGCAGAGCGGUGGCCCAAGUUGAUCUACUUCGAUGCGAGCUUCACAAACAUCUGGCUGGAGGCCGCAACCGCGAUUGCAGACCAACUGUUCAUGAACGCUGCACGCCUUACCGCGCUGCACCGCGACGAGGAAGAGCGCCGCCGCCGCGAGGAACUGGAAGCCGGCCCGGGUGCGCGGACGCCUGAGCUCGGCGCGCCGGGCGUUGAGGCGGACGGCGGACUGCGACUUGCAGAGCAUGCCGUCGCCGCUGAGCAAGGCUUCUCGGAGCAGCGCGAGGGCGGAGAUGCCGACAUGGUCGUCGACGGAGGGGGUGUGGAAGCGAACGACGCGAGUGUUUCCAGGCUCUCUUCUCUCCACGCUGCGGAGACAACGAACAAUACGGCGCCGGCCUCGCCGCUCGAGGCAGACAUGCGGGACCAGUCAGAGCCCGUGGAGGCGUGGACGAACGAGGAAGAAGCACGGGCGCGAGACGAGAAGCCCAGAGGCUCAGGUUUCUUCGUCACUCCUUCUCUGGAAAUCAUCGGAUCUGUCGCCUCAAAGUCCUUGCUUCUCAAAGUCGGUAUGGAAGCUCACUACUGCGCGUUCUGCCAAGCAGUGAAAACCGGAGACUGGGAAACCGUUUCUCUUGUCACCAAGCGCCUGCAGAAAGAGCUGAGUGAGCUUGCGGCGUCGGCUCCUUUCAAAAGCAGUCGACUCAUCCUUCUGCAACAGUUUCGCGGAAGCGAACUUCUGGUCAACGCCCCGGUGACGGUGGAGACAAGCGAGGAGGGCGGCGUCAACGUUCUCACUCUCCCCAUCUCGAUUGCCAUUCAGCGCGGAGACACAGAGACUCUCGGCGUGCUGUUGAAGCGAGGCGCGAAGAUCGAGGUCUGCGACUACUUGGGCAAGUCGCCGUUGUACCGCGCAUGCGAAGUGGGUCGGCGGGACAUGGUGGAGACGCUGUUGGUGGACUACGGGGCGUCUCCAGAGGCGCCAGACGUUCGGAGCGAGUUGUUUCCCCUGCACACUGCCGUGAAGAAGAAGGACGUCGAAAUCGUUCAACUGCUGCUCAAGCGCGGCGCUGCGCUGGACGUCAAAUGUCCGGCUGUGAAGUCCUACAAGAGCGCGCUCUUCGUGGCGUGCGAAGUCAACGCACCGGAAAUCAUCCAACUCUGUCUCGAGGCCCGCGCAGACCCAAACUGGAAGGGACACAACUCGUACACCCCAACUCUGUUGGCGUAUCAGCUGAAUAGCGCCUGGCUGCCACACUUCCUUGACGCCGGGGCAGGAAUUCCAAAGAGUCGCCGCUGGGUGUUGACGGAAGUUCUUUCGUGCGCAAUCGCGAAAAACGACCUCGUCUCUGUCGAACUGCUCGUUCGCAAAUUCCCUGAUUUGUUGUCAAGAAACCACCAGCUUUGGAGUCGACCUCUCAUCCAGGCAGCGAAACAGGGAAAAGCAGAUAUCAUUUCUGCACUCUUGGCAGCAGGUAGCGCCGUGGAUGCGAAAAAGGAGGAUGGACAAACGGCUCUGCUGGCUGCAGCUGAAGAAGACUUCGUCGUCUGUGUCCAGCUGCUUCUCGAUGCCGGCGCAGACAUAAACGGAACGAACAACGCAGGCCUGACGGCACUGCAUUUGGCAUGCACGGAAAACCGAACAGAAGUGGUGAAACUCCUGCUGAAUCGAGGCUGCGACGUGAACAUCGGAGACAAGGCGAACGGCGAAGUGCCUCUGAUGAUGUGCAUUCGCAUGCGCAACGAAAAAAUGGCUCUGCAGAUUCUCGAACUGGGGAAGAACCUGGAUCUCGAAAAGAGGGAUCAUCAAGGGAGCACGGCGCUGCUGUAUGCAAUGUUCUUCGGCCAGUAUCUUGUUGCCGGCAGGCUUAUGGAUCGAGGCGCAGACGUAACAGUCAGCGACCAAGCAGGCAACAGUGCCUAUGGAAUUGUUAACGAACGGUUGAUGACACAAGGCGCAGACAAGCGCGUGUUGCGGAAGUUUCUCCGAUUGUACAAGAACGCGCGAGAAGGGAAGCGUCCGCGUGCAGCGGCGGGUUUGGCGGUCGACGCGCAUCCAGCCGAGGAUUCUUCUGCCAGCGGAGGCGACAGCGGCCCAGAUGCAACGCAUGCGGUUCGUUCUUCUCGUCGCGACACAACCUCGACUCGGAGUAGUCGAAGAACGCUGUCAAUCGUGGGAUCGAGCGUGAGCACGAUGGGGUCGACGGUGUCUGCGGCGAUCCUCAACUCGGGUGUACGUACACCGCCGGGAGAGGCGCACAUGCAGCGGAGCAGCUCAGGCCCUGGAGCCCAGGAGAGUUCGGGGAAACGUCGCGGCGGCGGUCGGCACCGCAAAGACGGCCAGGACAUGGACGUAGACGAAGAAGGUGGACAGCCAGGGGCGACUGCGCGAUGCAAAAGCAGCGGCGCAGGUGGCAAGAAACUGAAACUCGAGCCGAAGAGCGUGUUGAACGUCGCUCGGCUGCCGAUCGCUCUCUUCCGCGCGGCGAAAGCCAAAUAGACUUUCUGGAAGAGGGAGAAUGAAGUGGGGAGACGGCGCGAGGGGCAGAAAAGGGAGGACGAGGUGAGAAAGACUUGAGGCCCUGAGAUGUUCAGGAAGGAAAGUGGUUUUUCGGAGUAUGUAUGCACUGUAGCCACAGCUCGAAAGGCGUCCAAAAGUGAAAACGAGGUAGUGAGAAGCCGUUCCUUCAGCCCAGAGGCAGGGGUACUUUUUCUCUUAUCAAAUCUCUUCGCCAGCAGAGGAAACCGUCGUCGCGAAAGAACAGAAACGGUGAGGGAAAAGCGGCGGUGGAUUCCGAACCUGCGAGUGGGGUCGGAGAGAAAGGAAAAAAGUGAACAGAGAGGGGGGAAACAGUGACUUUCUCUGGGCGACUUGUCGUGUAUAUUAGACUCAAGAUCUCGUGAACAACUGAAGCGUUGUUCGCGAAAACCAAGAGAAGAAAGUGAAAACACGGCCGGUUUCGCGUGUACGUACAUCCGGCGGGGUGGCUGUCAGGAAGACAUUUCGGGAUAGAGGCGGGAAGAC